UUCUCCAAAGUUGAUUUUCAGCUUACUAGAAAGCUACCAUAACAUAAACCCCGCGUGGCUGACAAGAGAUCCUAGGAGUGUCGAACGGUCGUAGGAAGAAAGAGAGAGAGGAGGAUGGGGAGCAGGAGAGAGCGCGGUGGCGUGGCGUCGAUGAGCGAGGACCUCCUGGCCAACAUAGUCCGGCGGCUGCCGGCGACCUCCUUCGCGGCGGCGGCGUGCGUCUGCACAUCGUGGCGGCGAGCCUGCUCCCAGAUCCUCUCCCGCCCCAAGCUCGCCUCCGCCCUGUCCCUCAAUACUUCGGCUCCUAUUGCCUUGCAAGAAGUUGUCGAUAAGGUCCUGUCCGAGCCCAUUUUCCCGCAUUUCGCGAUUGUCUACGUGGGCCUAGGUUUUGACUUGGCGGAUGUUCUUCAAUAUAUUAGUCGCAAGCUGGGAGCUCGAACUCCUGUAAUCGUAACUCGUGAUGCGGGAGUCAUUGGGAUGGAUGCCAUUACCAAUGAAGUCGAAGAGGUGACCUGAAUCAUCUUGAAUUCCGUUCCCUUUUUCGAAUCGAAGAUUGUUCUGUUCCUUUUCUGAAGAAUGCUGAACUGCAGCAUUGUCCUGACGGUGGGAUUUGUACCUGGACUCAAAGUUGAUUGCAUCCCACUUGUGCAGCCUGCAAAGGAACCUGCGAUGGUUGACAAGUUCAUCAUGGACAUAAGAGAAUAUUCGACUUCUAUCUCUGGUUGCACAUCACCAGUCGGACUGAUCAUGAUUGGAGAUGGAAGUGCUGACAUCAAAUGUUUUGUAGAGAAACUAGAUAUUGCAAUGCCUGUGGAAACUGCAAUUGUGGGUGAUGAGAGAGGCAACUUUCUGUACAGAAGUGCAAAUAAUUUGAGAAAUGUCCAUGGGAGCCAGAAAUGUCAUGAUAAUGCCGUUGCUCUCAUAUUUGCCAAAGAAAGGAAUAGCACUCCUGGUGUUGGUGAAAUCAGAUUUCAUGUGGCAUUAUCAGAUGGGGUUUCAGUGGUAGGUCCAACGUACAAGGCUGGUUCUGUUAGGGCUCGUGAUGAUGUUACCAGGCUAACUGCUAAAAGAGAAGGACAAACAGAAGUUCUUGACGGGGAAAGCAUUCUCAAUGAAAUCUAUGGCGAGAUGAACAAUCGUAUUGAGUUCCCUGAAUAUUACAUCAGAGUUACCAAGAGAAGAAAACAUGCCAUUGGUGCAGAGAAGGUGAAGCUGAUUACCUCUUUGUCAUUUCAUUUGGUGCGCGGAGGGGAUGAGGAAUAUCUCUAUGUCGAUGGGGCCGGCAUCAAAACUGGCGAUUGCUUUCAGUUUUACUAUGUGGAUCCUGCUGCUGCACUUGCCUCAUGUAAUGACGUCACUGCUAAUCUAAGAAGUUUGAACCUGGGGUGCAAUUCCAAGAGCUCUUAUCAGGCAGCGGGCGCCACCAGUAAUGCGGCAAAUCUGAAGUAUUCGGAGGCUUGCUGUUUGUUUGCUGUGGACGCGGACCAUUUUUCUCCGGGCGCUCCAACGUUGAUAUCUCGCCAUUCAUGGAGAACUUUCCUGGAGCUCCAUUGGCUGGAAUAUAUUGUGGCGGGGAGAUCGGCCGCUGCUCAAUGAGGCCAGAAGAGCAAGGUAGCCAAGGAGAGCUCUACCCGUUGUUGUUGCCAUGUAUAUAGCACCGUUUAUCUCGUAAUGUCAUAUACCCCAGCACCUCCAGGGGCCACCACCCUUAGGGGCUAGAGCGUGACCAGGGUUUUAUAUGCAGCUGCAUUCAUGGAUCUUGUGCUGAACUCUGGUUUUGGUGCAUUAUGUAUUGUAUGAACGUGAUGGAACAGGUGUUAUAUAGCCGACAGUCAAUCAAGGUGUCUUUUUAACUUUGCCA